AUGUCCUCCGGAACCGCCCGCAACCUCGGCUCCGGCUUCAGCCCCUCCCCCAAACGAACCCCCCGCAAGCUCAACGUCCCCGAAUCCGCCCCCCUCAAGGACCCCGAGCCCCCAUCCACCCCGUCCCCGCACCGCUCGCAGUCCCAGUCCGCCUCGCAGCUCGGCGGCGAGCAGGAGCAGCGCGAUCUCAGCGCCGCGUCCCCCGCCCCUGUCCCCGAGGACGCGCAGUCCCAAGCCUCUGGCUCCGUCGGCGGCCUGGGCGGCAAGAUGUCGAGCAUUGCGGGCGGGAUCGCGGGCGGGUUGAAGAGCGCGGUCUCCGGCGUGAGUCGGCUCGGAGGAGAUGGUGAUCAGGGCGGGUCGUCGAGCAGCCAGGCCGGUGGCGUCGUUGGCGAUACGGUCGGCCAGGUUGGAGAGACGGUGCAGCAGACGCUGGAUCUGUCUGCUUUGAAGGGCCUCGAGGUCGGUCAGGAAGGUGGCAUCGCUGAUUCCGCUGGGAAUGUGCUCGGACGGAUCGUGGAAGGCGAUCCUGCUGAUCUCGUUGGGUAUGUGGUUAAUGAGAACGGGGAGAUCCUGGACCAGGAUGGAGAUUUGAUUGGAAGGGCGGAGAUCAUUCCUGAGGCGGCGCAGAAGGUCGCAGGCGCCGUGGAGGAGGCCGUCGCUGUGACGGAUUUGUCGGCGUUGGCGGGCAAAGCGAUUAAUGAUGAGGGGUUGUUGAAGGAUGAUGAUGGGACGAUUAUUGGGAAGGUGGUCGAGGGCGAGGCCCAGGAUCUGGUUGGGUAUACUGCUGAUGAGGAGGGCAAGAUCUUGGACCAGGAUGGUGAUCUGGUGGGCAGGGUCGAUGUCGUUGCGAAGCAGACUGCCGAUGACGUCGCGAGCGUUGCUCAGGAUGCGGGCAGCGUCGCGGACGGGGCUGCGCCUUCGGAGGGCAAGGCAGAAGGCUCUGCUAUGGACAGUGCUGCUGAUUCGGGCACUGCUCGCGCGAAGAGCGGUGUUGAUGAGGCCGCUGAGAGUGUCCAGAACUUGUCUGUGGACGAGAACAAGUCGAAGGCUGACGAUGCCACGUCCAAGGCCGAUGAUGCGACCUCGAAGGCUGACACCAGCUCUAAGAUCGAUGAGACUGGCUCCAAGGCUGACGAGGCUGGCUCUAAGAUUGACGAGACCAGCUCGAAAAUCGAUGAGACCGGCUCGAAAAUCGAUGAGACCGGCUCGAAAAUUGAUGAGACCGGAUCCAAACUCGAGGACGAGACUGGCUCCAAGGCUGAUGAGACCGGCUCGAAAAUUGAUGAGACCGGAUCCAAACUCGAGGACGAGACUGGCUCCAAGGCUGAUGAGGCUGGCUCUAAGAUUGACGAGACCGGCUCGAAAAUUGAUGAGACUGGAUCUAAGAUUGAUGAGACCGGAUCCAAACUCGAGGACGAGACUGGAUCCAAGAUCGACGAAACUGGCUCCAAGGCCGACGAAGCUGGAUCCAAGAUCGACGAGACCGGCUCUAAACUCGACGAAACCGCAUCGAAAGCCCCUGACGACGCAACCGACGUAUCAGCCGACUUCCAACUCGCCAGGGAAGAGCAAGAAGGCGAAGAAGGCGAAGAAGUCGAGCUCCCUCCCCUCUCCAUCCUCGAGGGCCUAACGGCCAACAAGACCGGCAAUAUCAUCAGCCCGUCGACCGGCAAGCCCAUCGGUAAGGUUGUCGAAGGCGAUGUCAAGAAGCUCGCUCGCGGCGGCAACCAGCUGGACGCAAAGGGCCAGUUCUGGGACAGCCGCGGCAACGUCAUCGGUAGAGCCGAGACGCUCCCCACACAGGAGUACGAGGAAGAGGCGAAAUUCGCCGGCCUGGAGGGUCUGCAUGUCGUUGAGGACGGAUUCGUGGAGGACGACAAGGGCAAGCGUGUCGGCAAGAUUGUCGAGGGCGACGCGAAGAAAAUCCUCGGUCGCGCCGUUGACCAGGAUGGUGAGGUUACUGAUAGCCAUGGUAAUGUCAUCGCCAAGGCCGACUACUUCGAGGAACCAGAGGCGGAGCCCGAGGCUGAGCCUGAGGUGAUCGAUCUGUCCAGCUUGAACGGCCUCUCGCCCAACAAGCUGGGUCUCGUCAUUGGACCUAAGGGCGUUCCCAUCGGUCGUGUGGUCGAGGGUAAUCCUAAGGAACUCGCCGGCAAGGAAAUCGACGACGGCGUCAUCUAUGAUGGUCGCAAGCCUGUCGGUCGCGUCGAGCUCAUUCCCGAAGAGGAGCGUGAGAAAAAGGCCGAGGGACCGUUCGCGGGACUGGAAGGUCUGGUCGUCAACGACGAGGGCUUCGUGGUCGAUGAGAACGGCAACCAGGUCGGUCAGAUCACCGAAGGCGAUAUCAAGCAGCUGCGCGGUCGCUCCGUCGACGAGGACGGCGACGUGAUCGACAAGUUCGGCAGCGUCAAGGGCCACGCCGAGCCCUACUCCCCUCCCGAAGAGGAGGCGCAGCCGGAGGCCGACCUCUCCAUCCUCGAAGGCAAGGUGGUUAACAAGUUCGGCAAUGUGGUCGAUGGCUCCGGAACGGUCUUCGGUCGUCUCGUUGAAGGCGACAAACGUCUGGCCGGCCGCAAGGUCGACCGCUUCGGCCAGAUCUGGGGCGACAACGGCGAGGUGAUCGGCCGUGCCGAGCUCAUCCCCGGAGCCGAAGAGGAGAAGCCAGAAGGAUCCUUCUUUGGCAUUGAGAACGCCGUCGUCGGCAAGGACGGCGUCGUGGUCGACGGAACGGGCCGCAUCAUCGGUCGCGUGAUCGAAGGCGACGCCAAAAAGCUGGAGGGCCGCAAGGUCGACGAAGAUGGCGAGAUCCUCGACAAGAACGGCAACAGCCUCGGCCGCGCCGAGCGCUGGGAACCCGAGGAGAAGAAGCGCACCGUGAACCCGAUGUCUGGCCGUAAGGUGACCCGCGAGGGCGAGGUGCGCGACGCUGAUGGCAACCUCAUCGGCAAGCUGACGGCCGGCAACCUCCCCACGCUGGUGGGCAAGGAGGUCGACGACAACGGGUUCGUUGUUGACAACGAUGGCAACAAGCUCGGCGAAUGCACGCUCAUUGAGAACAUCCCUGAGCCUGAGGAGCCCGAACCCGAACCCGAGCCGGAAGAGGAGCCCGAGCCCACGAAGGAAGAGCUCGAGGCGCAGAGAGAUCGCGAGCUCGCGAAGAAGAUGAGCGCCAUCGUCGGCCAGACUCUGGACCGCGUGCGUCCCAUCUGCAAGAUGAUCUUAGACCACAUCGACAAGGCGGACCGCACACCAAAGGAUGAGCUCGACGAGGAAGAGCUCGUCAAGAACGUGAAGCCCCUUCUCGAAGAGGCCGGUGCCAUCCUGCAGGAGUCCAACGGUGCGAUCCGCGCACUCGACCCGGACGGCCAUAUCGCUGCCACCGCCAAGGCUCGCGCUGCGUCCCAUGAGGCCUCCCCUGAAGAAUACGCCUUGGCCGAUCAGAUCAAGGAACUGACCGACACGGUGGUGAGCACGAUCGAGAAGGGCAAGCGUCUGAUCGCGGAUAUGCCUCAUGCCAAGAAGGAAUUGAACCCGUUGUGGGCGCUGCUCAGCGAGCCCUUGUUCCAGAUCAUCGCUGCCGUCGGUCUGCUCUUGACCGGUGUCUUGGGUCUGGUCGGUCGUCUCCUAGACGGUCUGGGUCUGGGCCCCUUGGUUCAUGGUUUGCUGGGCGGACUGGGUCUUGAUAAACUGCUGAGCGGUCUCGGGUUGACCUCUUUGACUGAUGCGAUUGGCCUCACCGGAAAGAAGAAAUAA